GUCUGAUUCUCUGGGAUGUCAAAGCUGAAAAGUGAUGAUUCCACUCUGGAUGGAGACCUGAGUACCACGCCGUGGGUUUGGAAUUCUGGCUGAAUAUCCUGAAGGGUCUGUGCUUUUUGGGGCUGAUGGUUUAGAAGUGCCCCUUCAUCCAGCAAAAAACCCUCCCAGCUGGAGCUGCUGCUCGGGGCCUGCCUCUGGAAUUCCCUCCCUGGCACAGAGGAAGAACACCCACACAGCAUUUGUGCUCAGUCUGCCGAGACGCAGCGCUGUGAUAAACCUAAUUACGGCCUUUUCACGAUAACGAAACCCGGCUGGAAAACUGGCAGGAGAUGAAAAACCUGCAGCCUCGCUCACAUGCGGAGUUUGUGCUUGGGUAAAGCGUUCCGUAACAUCACGCCGGGAGAACCCGGAGUGAUUCACCGCUGGAAGGACGCUCCCAGCUGGAGCGGGGAGUUGGAACUCGCUCGCUUGGUGACCCUCGGGAAGAGCGGCAUCAGCCCCGCCGAGCGGGAAAGCUGCUGGGAAUAAGGAGAGCGCUCCAUGAGCCGGCCCCGGGAGGGAACCGAGCCCAACCUGCAGCCCCGGCUCCCGCAUCCCUGGGUCCCGCAUCCCCGAAUCCCGCAUUCCUGGCUCCCGCGGUCCCCCGGCCGCCGAGGGCGCGAUGGAAACUCCCUGAACGUCGACCGGCUGGAAAAUACGUGCUGCAAAGGGGAGGUGUUCUGGCCGCCCAUGAGCACGUCCUCGCCCGGCCAUGGCCCCGCCGCCCGCGCCGGCCUGGCUGCUGCUGCUGCUGCUGCUGCUGCUCGGCCUGCUCAGCGCCCACGGCCGCGACUUCACCCGCAAGGACAUCGUCUACCUCCACCCCUCCACCACGCCAUACCCUCGGGGAUUUAAGUGUUUCACCUGCGAGAGGGCUGCUGAUAAUUACGAGUGCAACCGCUGGGCUCCGGACGUCUACUGUCCCAGAGGAACAAGGUACUGCUUUAGCCAACAUAUGAUGAAAGUCACUGGAGAGAGUGUUUCUGUCACCAAACGCUGUGUGCCACUGGAGGACUGUCUGUCCACAGGGUGCACCUACAUAAAGCACGAAGAGUACAAGGUGUGCACGUCCUGCUGCGAAGGCAGCAUCUGCAACCUGCCCCUGCCCAAGAACUCCACAGACGCCGUGUUCACCACCCUGUCCCCCCUCAGCAAGGCCCAGAGACCGUCCCCUCGUGUCCUGCUGACCACACUGUGCCUCUGGCUGGCGCUGGUGGCCCAGCAGUGGGUGACAGUGGCCCAGCUCUGGGUGACAAUGCCACAGGUGGCCGGGCCGGGCAGCUGAGCCGGGCGGGAACAUCUCAUGGACGUCCAACCUCUCCCUGCGGAGCUGGAGCGCUGGAGUUGGCUCUGAAAGGCUGGUUUUUCCUCCUGGUUUCUUGGUCAUCACGGACUCCCCAAGCCUGGGGUGGGGAUGGGUUCAAAACCUCCCCGUUCCUACCCUGCUUUUCCAAAGAAACUCGUGGAAAAUAUUCCCAGAAUCCAGAGUGCUCUUCACAGAACCAUUUAGGUUGGGAAAGACCUCUAAGACACCGAGUCCAGCCUGACACUUGUUGAUGUCUGCCUUAUCUGUGUGAAGAAACGUUCUUUCCAAGUACCACAUCCCUGCUCACGUCAUCACUUACUCACUGGACACGUCCCUCUGUGCACUAAUUCCGGUGUCUCCUUAACCUGCUUGAGAACCCCCAGCAAAUAACACCCACACAGGCAGUGUCCCCACACCUCCUGACCCUCGGGGAGAGGGCAGGAAUUCGCAGCGAGGAAGCAGCAAGCUGGAAGGGCCGAGCUCCAGGGAAGCAGCAGGAGAUUGGAGCAGCCAGCGCUGCCCAAAGGUGCUUCUGCCGAGGUGUCCAACGCACCCCCCCCUGAGAAAAUCCCUGGAUUUCAUAAACUGAACCAGCAGAACUCUCAAAAAUCCUUGUUCUGGUGGGGUUAGAGGUGUGUGAUCCCCAAUCCUCAGGUGUGAGGAGGAUGGAGAGCUGGUGGAUCUCCACGCUGAGGGUGCUGGUGGUCACCAACCCACCGUCUCCACACUGUUUUAGGACAAUGUUGUCCCAUUUUGGCACCCAGCCCUAGAGUAUGAGAGAGAGAAAAUCGAUCCUGAAUAGCUCUGUUAUUUUAUUUCAUGAAGUCUGGGCUACUCCAGCUGUGUUUUGGUGCCCUGUGUUGCUUGUUUUGCUUGGAAGUCUCGGAUGCAAUAUUUAUUUUUCUAUGUUGAGUAAGGUCUGAAAGUGUUGAAAAGAUUCUUAAUGCUGAUAUUGCCAGGAAAAAAAAAAAAUAUGGGUGUUUUGCAAGUCAGUAAGCCUGUAAUAUAUAAAUUAUCAGAAAUAUAUAUAUAUAUAUAUAUAUAAAGAAUCAACUUUGUUUGCAAAGUCAGUAAUAAAAGCAGGCUGUCAUGGACUUGCUUAAAGUUAAACCAAACUGUUUUAUAAUUAAUUUUUUCACACCAUUAGAGCCAUAAAUUGUUCUUUCAUGAGCUAAUUUUUUGCUGCUCAGGCUCCAAGGUAACUUGAGCUCAAGUUCCAGUGUGUUUUUCGCUCUGAAGUGCUUUUUUUCAGGGGGAGUUACAGUGAAAUGCAGAUGAAGGAAAGCAAAAGCUGGAAUCCAAAGGCUGUCUCAGGGGUUCCUGGAGAGUCCCAAUGAGUCGAAUCCAUGUGUGGGAUACCCUGAAAAAUGAGGAAUCUGCAGAUCUGGGUGUGCAAAGGGAUGUCCUGGGUUUUGUGGCCUUUGGAUUUGUGUUCCUGGGAGGUUUAUUGGGAGCAAAGGAGGAGGAUCAAGAGCAGCACUUGCUCCCCACUGACCUUCAGGUGAUUCCUCUGGGGAAGGAAAGGCUGGAAGCAUCAGUGUGUUAUUAUUAAAAAAAUGUAUAUAUAUAUAUAUAUAAAAUACUUAUAUAUUACACUACUGUAAAUGUCACCUUCCAACACUGUUAAUUUUCCAUUUUCUAAUAUAAAAGUACCAUUUUUGAGGGGGGGCUGGUUGACCUCACACAGGUGUCCCUUCAGUCCUGGGGCUUGCUCACAGAUCUCCAACAUUAAAGGAGGGUUGUUGCAAUCUGUUCUAUGCAAGUUUAACCUGUCUGUCUCUGAAGAUUCCCAAAAAUAAUCAACCCUGCAGCCUCCUUGCAGCCUUGUCCCCUCCUCUGGAUUUAGGGAAUUUAAGGAAUGGAGGUGCUGAGGGGCUGGGGGAGAAUGAGGCAGAGAGGGGUUGGGACUUCUCUGACGUUAAUUUACAUAUUUAUGAUUAUUUUAUCCUGCAAAAUGGAAGAGUUUAAGAUUCAGCUGAGGUGGCCUCGAGGCUUGGGCUGUGCCAGCCUGGAAUUCCUUCCCAAUAUCCCAUCUCUCCCUGCCCUCUGGCACUGGGAAACCAUUCCCUGUUUAGGAAACCAGAGACAUUUUUGGGUUCCCUCCACCCACAAAUUCUGGAUUUUGAACACUGAGCUUAAAAAAAAAAAGGAAAUUAAAGCAACUGAGCCCACCCAGCAGGUCCCUGUCCUGGUCUGCCCACCGAGCUCUCGGGGGGUUUUUAAACCACACCAAUGCUGAGCUGCCCCCUAUUUAUUUUUUAGGUUCUCUCUCUCUCUCUGUGACACUGCUUUGAAAUGUCUAAUUUUUUUUUUAACUCCUGUAAAUGCUGUACAUUUGUAUAAAUAAAUGUUUUAAAUAUGCA